AUGCACAAACUUGGAGGGAAAACGAGGACUCUUCAAAGAAAAAUAAAAAUACUGACAGAACGAAAAGAUGAUGUUUCUGAUCAAUUAUGUCAUUCUGGAAAAAAUCCCAAGAGAGUGGUUGAAGGUUGGAGGAAUAAUGUUGAAAACAUUAUAAAAGAUUUUGAAACCUUGGAACAACGAGUACAACAAAGCAGCAGAUUUUAUCAUGUUUUCAAACGACCAAAGUUGGCUGAACAGCUUGAAAGCAUGACUGAGGAAGUGACGGAGCUUGUUGCCCAAAGUGAAUUUCCUAGCGGGCUUUUUCUUGAGGUUGAUGAGGGUAUUGACCGGUUACUGUUAAUACCCGAACCGACUGGCCAAGCAUUUCAACAAAAUUUCCAUGACAUUUGGACAUCAUUAAUGGAUGCCAACGUCGUAAGCAUUGGCAUUUACGGAAUGGGAGGAGUGGGCAAGACGACUCUGGCAAGGCAUGUCCAUGAUAAGCUAAAAAAAUCCACAUUCUCCGAUCAUGUUUAUUGGGUUACCGUCUCUCAAGAGUUCAGCAUUUACAAAUUGCAAAGUGAUAUUGCCCAAUUACUGAAUCCAAGUAUAACACUUGAGAAUGAUGAGGGGAGAAGGACAGCUAAACUCUUCCAGGAAUUCCAGAAAAAGGAGAAAUUUGUGCUUAUACUGGAUGAUGUUUGGAAACGAAUUGAUGCAGAGAAGAUAGGCAUUCCUUCUAAAAAGGAUGGAUGCAAGUUGGUCAUAACAAGUCGAUCGGAAGAAGUUUGUCGUAAUAUGUGCUGCAAAAAGAUUAUAAAAGUGAUCACACUUUCCGAGCAAGAAGCUUUGCACCUGUUCUUGAAGACACUUGAUGGUGAUGAACUAUCUGUGGAAGAAAAAGAGAUUUGCAAGAAAAUGGUAAAAAAAUGUGGUGGUUUGCCACUUGCACUCAUCACAUUGGCUGGAAGCAUGAGAAGCGUGAUUGACACUCAUGAAUGGAGAGAUGCAUUGGAGGGACUUAAAGAAUCAUGUUUGGGACGAGCUGACAUGGAAGAUGAGGUUUUGCCAAUUCUCUUGUAUAGUUAUCAUCGGUUGAGAGAUACAAGGCUACAAAAUUGUUUUUUGUAUUGCUCCUUGUAUCCUGAAGAUUUUCCUAUUUCAAGAGACGAAUUGAUUACAAAUUUCAUUUCAGAAGAGCUGAUGGAGCGAAGAUUAAGCUUGGAAGCUGAACUCAACCAAGGUCGUACAAUACUAAAUCAAUUGGAGAGAGCCUGCUUAUUGGAAAGUGAUCCAUAUGGGAGGCUGAAGAUGCAUGAUUUAAUCAGAGAGAUGGCAAUACGGAUCACUAAAGAGAAACCGAGGUACAUGGUAAAAGCUGGACUUCACUUAAAGGAAUUACCAGAGGAGCAAGAGUGGACAGAAGAUUUGGAUAAGGUUUCCUUGAUGCGCAACUCCAUAGCGGAAAUAUAA